ACUAUGCGCAUGCGCGGCCCUCCGUCUCCCGGGGACCGCUCCGGUCACCUGGGCGCCAGCACCUCAGCCACCCGACGCGGCGAGUUCCCUCUCGCCCGGUACUCGCCGCGCAGGCCCUCGCCUCCGGCUUCCUGCCGCCGCCCGCCACAGGCCCGACUAGGUCGGGGCACGGCGGCUCGGCGCGGUGCAGCUGUCUUCCAUAGCCGCAGCGCGGCUUCCGCUUCCGGCGAGUAUUGUGUGUCGCGCCGCGGGGCGGGGGUGAGGGGAGGAGGAAGGAGGGAGGCAGUGCUCCGGCGGCUCCGCGCCCGGCACUCCGGGACCCGGAGCCGGGAAGUUAUAAUGGCAGAGACAAGUCUGUUAGAGGCUGGAGCCUCUGCAGCCUCCACAGCCGCUGCUCUGGAGAACUUGCAGGUAGAGGCAAGCUGUUCUGUGUGCCUGGAGUACCUGAAGGAGCCGGUUAUCAUUGAAUGUGGGCACAACUUCUGCAAAGCGUGCAUUACCCGCUGGUGGGAGGACCUAGAGCGGGACUUCCCUUGCCCUGUCUGUCGGAAGACAUCCCGAUACCGGAGCCUCAGGCCUAACCGACAGCUAGGCAGCAUGGUGGAAAUAGCCAAGCAGCUCCAGACGGUCAAGCGGAAGAUCAGAGACGAAAGCCUCUGCUCCCAGCACCAUGAACCCCUUAGCCUUUUCUGCUACGAAGACCAGGAGGCUGUCUGUCUGAUAUGUGCAAUUUCCCAUACCCACCGGGCCCACACGGUCGUGCCGAUGGACGAUGCUACACAGGAGUACAAGGAGAAACUUCAGAAGUGCCUGGAGCCCCUGGAACAGAAGCUGCAGGAGAUCACCUGCUGCAAAGCCUCAGAAGAAAGGAAACCAGGGGAACUCAAGAGACUGGUAGAGAGCCGCCGGCAGCAGAUCCUAAAGGAGUUUGAGGAGCUGCACAGGCGACUGGACGAGGAACAGCAGACGCUGCUUUCCCGGCUGGAGGAGGAAGAACAGGACAUUCUACAGAGACUUCGAGAAAACGCUGCUCACCUUGGGGAUAGGCGCCGGGACCUUGCCCACUUAGCUGCUGAGGUGGAGGGCAAGUGCUUACAGUCAGGCUUCGAGAUGCUUAAGGAUGUGAAAAGUACCCUAGAAAAAUGUGAGAAGGUGAAGACCAUGGAGGUGACUUCAGUAUCUAUAGAGCUGGAAAAGAACUUCAGCCAUUUCCCCCGGCAGUACUUUGCCCUAAGGAAAAUUCUUAAACAGCUAAUUGCUCCACUCUGGCUUCUUCCGCCAGCGGAUGUGACCCUGGACCCUGAGACGGCUCAUCCUAACCUUGUCCUGUCAGAGGAUCGGAAAAGUGUCAAGUUUGUGGAGACAAGACUCCGAGACCUCCCUGACACACCACAGCGUUUCACUUUCUACCCUUGUGUCUUAGCUACUGAAGGCUUCACCUCAGGUCGACACUACUGGGAGGUGGAGGUGGGUGACAAGACCCACUGGGCAGUAGGAGUAUGCCGGGACUCUGUGAGCAGGAAGGGUGAACUGACUCCACUCCCUGAGACUGGCUACUGGCGUGUGCGGCUGUGGAAUGGGGACAAGUACGCAGCCACCACCACGCCUUUCACCCCUUUGCACAUCAAGGUGAAACCUAAGCGGGUAGGCAUAUUCCUAGACUAUGAGGCUGGCACACUGUCUUUUUACAACGUCACAGACCGCUCACACAUCUACACCUUCACUGAUACUUUCACUGAAAAACUUUGGCCCCUCUUCUACCCAGGGAUCCGAGCUGGUCGGAAGAAUGCUGCACCACUUACCAUCAGACCCCCAACGGAUUGGGAAUGACAAGAGAUGCAGUUGAAUUGGGGUGAGGCAGGGUCAAGAGCAGCGGGCCUUCCUAACUGGCCCACUGGAAAACCUUGGUGUCUGCGUGGUUCCAGUCUUGAGCCAUCUUGAGAAACCACCUCGUCUGUGGGAUGGUUUGUGUGAAGGAGAAAGAUAGGACUGGGCUGCAUGACCAAGCACAGAUGUGUCUCCCUCCUAACUAGUGGGAGUGUGGACUCCCAGGGUCCAGGUUUCCUAGUGCACAAGGACAGGUUGAGAAAGAAAAGGCUUUUCCAGAAACCAAGUCUAUUGGAAAGGGUCUUAAUUUGCCUAAAAUGCAGGGAACAGAAACCUUUAAAGGCUUCUAUGACUCAGAAUAGCCUUGUUCCUUGUGGAAGUGCGUAGGGAUCUGUACACAUACCUCUGUGGAAGAUGAGUGGCAGUGGCUGUCAUGAGUCUAGGAGUUGAGGGGCUUUUCUGGGGGCAGAGAUUGAGCAUUAAAGUUAGGAGAAGAAUCAGGGAAAAGGCUGAAGGAGUGUUUCUAGAAGUGAAUGAAGGGAACUGAAGAGAACGGGGAUUUCUUUGAUCUCUUUUCUUAGGGUAAUGUUAAUCAUUACCCUUAGGAUUAGCCAGAGGUUCAGAUCUGGAGAGAAGGAAAGGGUGGGAAGAAAGGAGAAUCCGUGUCCCAAAGGCUUGGGUUAUUCCUGGUUCCUGCAGUUGGCUGUCUCUAAAAAGUAGGCUCCUCUCGUCCCCUUCUAAAGGUGAGAUGGAAGCGAUUCUGCAAGACACACAUCUGCCCUUCCAUUGUUCCCAAGGCAGCUUGGAGAGGAGUCAGAUGUUAAAGGAGACAGAACGGUGUAGCCAAAGCUCUGGCCUUAAAGAAUGUUACCAAGUUGUCCACCUUGUCCCCUGGCUCAAAUGUCUAAGGAAGGAAGGGAAGAUAAUGGAGUCUUUCUCACCCCAUGACAGCAGGGUAGAAGAGGGUGGUUUGUGUUACAAAGGGCCAGAUGACGGCUAAACCUCUGUUUCCAUCCUCCACCCUUUGACAUUCCCCUUUUCAGAGAAUGUAAAUUAUCUUAAUUUUAGGCCAAAAUAAACGACCCAUAGGGUACAUAUUUUGUCACAAAAGGUAACGUGAUGCAUGCCAAACCAAACAGCCUGGAUUAUCUGCUGCCUGGGUAAUCUUCACACAAGACUGAGACAAGAAACUGCAUUGAGGGCAUUCAGUUCCUCCUACCACCUCAACAGGACUUUGUCCACUCUCCUCUUACCUUUGUGCCUUGACUGUGGUUCUUUGUGGCAAGAUAAUUUGGUUGGUGAAAAUAUGGAACAAAGGAUCCACUAAUGUGA